UUCUUGUGAAUUUAUUUUUAAGUUUUUAUUUAAAGUCCAGUUAGUGAAUAUACAGUGUAAUAUUAGUUUCAGGUGUACAAUAUAGUGAUUCAACACUUCCAUUCAACACUUUGUGCUCCUCACAAGUGCACUCCUUAAUCCCUAUCACCUAUUUCACCCAUCCUCCCCACCCACUUCCCUUCUACUGACCAAGAAAGCUUAGGAACUUUCUUGUGAAUUUAAUGGGUCAUUUGAGGGGGUAACUAUAUAAUCUAUAAUUCUAUCUCCAAAUGAGAAGCAAACUUUGUCCUUUUCAUAGUGUGAACCCUACUAUCUUCAGACUAACGCCUGCACCAUUUUAACGUUAAAAAUCAUAUAUUAGAGAUAAGCUCGAGUCAUGAAGAUUCAACCCCCAGUUGUUACAAUAAGAAAGUAAAGAGGGGCACCUGGGUGGCUCAGUCGGUUAGGCGUCCGACUUCGGCUCAGGUCGUGAUCUCGCGGUCCGUGAGUUCGAGCCCCGCGUCGGGCUCUGUGCUGACAGCUCGGAGCCUGGAGCCUGUUUUGGAUUCUGUAUCUCCCUCUCUCUGACCCUCCCCCAUUCAUGCUCUGUCUCUCUCUGUCUCAAAAAUAAAUAAAGGUUAAAAAAAAUUAAAAAAAAAAAAGAAAGUAAAGAUAUACACUGUGGGUGAACUCAGAAUUUUGUUAAAGCAAAUUGAUUAAGUGGCUCAGUAAUACGAAGUUUGUCUAAAAUGGUACAUAUAAUUUGUCAGUCCUCAUCUUCCAGCCUAGCGCUGAUAACCCUUAUGAUGCAACCUGACUUAUGUAUUUAAAUGGAGCUUCAAAAAAUACCAUUAAUUAUUCGCAUAUAAGUUUACUUAAAGGAAUUUGAUAACAGCAUGAAUGACCUCUAAAAGCUUAACCUGAAUUUCAGCCGGAGCUACAAAUUUGAGAUUUUGUACUUAUAUCCUACCACUUAGUGUAGUAUCUGCCAUAUUUGGGGCAUAUAGUAAAUGUUUAAUGAAUUAACACUGAUAUGCUGUGGACAUACUGUCUGUGCAUGACCCUACUUCCAUCAUCCCUCAAGAGUAGAGUACAGUGGGGCAGACCAGGCACUCGAGAUGUCCCUGAGUGCAGACGGGAAACCUGAGUGGGUCCCAGCAAGAGCAUAAAGGACAGGCAGCAGCAUGUUUCAGGAGGAGCAGAAUCUGGUGUAUGGCAAAGAUUGCAGGCAGAUUUGAGCCAAUUUUUCUUUCAUGUUGAACAGCAAAAGGGGCAGGGGACAAUCUCGUGGGCAGAUUUAAGUACCAGCAUUCAGGAUGGAUUAGAAAUAUUUUUCCUUAAAUAUAUCCUGUUUGGUUUAAAUAUAAGUAUUGGUUAUUUUUGCUCCCUCCCCCCUUGCAAAUAGCAUUUUAUUUCUAAAAAUGCUUUUGUGUGCUACUCUGAGAUCUAGCCACCAUUUAUAAUGUGAAAAAAUGCAUUCUGCAUUCCGGUUAUUUGGAGUGAAUUUUCUGAGCCCAGUUUGUCCUCUACUGAUGGCACGUAAUUUGAUUCUUUUUCUUUUAUCUUUCUGACCAUGCUUUCUUGUUUGUGGGCGACAGAGCCACUCCUUAAUAAGUCCUUCAGUCCUCCCUUUUCAUUACUUUAUUACUUGUUAUUUUACCAGCCUCACAAAUUGAGGCCUUACCCAUAGAUUUUCAUAGCCCCACUAGUUUCUCUGUUUGAUAAAACAGCUAGACUUUCUUCAUGUCACAACCUUGUUAUAACUAAAUUUUCUAUUUACUGUAGAUCCUUGCCAGCACAUUUCUGGAUAUUCUGUUGAACCUUCUUAAGAAUUCAGAGAAACUGCUGGGUGACCACUGAAAAAAAAGAUCUAAUCUUAAGUUUUACGCAUAUUCCAUCCACCACAUCAGAAUAAUGUCCUACGUUUUUGUAAACGAUUCGUCUCAAACUAAUGUGCCCUUGCUACAAGCCUGUAUUGAUGGAGACUUUAACUAUUCCAAGCGGCUUUUGGAAAGUGGCUUUGACCCAAAUAUUCGUGACAGCAGGGGCAGAACAGGCCUUCACCUUGCAGCAGCCAGAGGGAAUGUAGACAUCUGCCAGCUGUUGCAUAAAUUUGGUGCUGAUCUUCUGGCCACAGAUUAUCAAGGAAACACAGCUCUUCAUCUCUGUGGCCAUGUGGACACUAUUCAAUUCUUAGUUUCCAAUGGGCUCAAAAUUGAUAUUUGCAAUCAUCAAGGUGCUACACCCUUAGUUCUGGCAAAGCGCAGAGGAGUGAAUAAAGAUGUCAUCCGAUUGCUGGAAUCUUUGGAAGAACAAGAGGUAAAAGGAUUUAACAGAGGAACUCACUCAAAACUGGAGACCAUGCAGACAGCUGAGAGUGAAAGUGCCAUGGAAAGCCAUUCUCUCCUCAACCCCAACCUGCAGCAAGGGGAAGGAGUCCUGUCCAGCUUCCGAACCACAUGGCAGGAGUUUGUCGAGGAUCUGGGCUUCUGGAGGGUGUUGCUCUUGAUCUUUGUCAUUGCUUUGCUGUCUCUUGGCAUUGCCUACUAUGUGAGCGGGGUGCUCCCCUUCGUGGAGAACCAACCUGAACUGGUGCAUUAAAGGGGCUAAUGGGGAUGAGGCCAGUGCCUCACGUUCUGAGUUUCUCAAAAGUUUUCUCUUAGGCAAGGCAGUGAGGGCUGUACAUUUUUUUCGUUGUGCAUUUUUAGGUGUUGUAAUCCUUUUUGAACAACGUAAUGUUUUCAUUUGAACUAACCACAUACCGUAGUCAAGUAUACUUCAUCCUAAAGCUACCUCUGACUCAGCCUGACUUGUUAGGAAAGCCUUCACAUAGCCUUGUUUGAUAAAAACGUGGAGGUGAUUGAAGAAUGAAAGAUAAAGGAAGAGACUAGGGAGUCCUUGCUACGGAAACCUUACCCUGAUAUGGGACCAACUAAAGUGAGGUGUUCAAAAAAAAGGGUUUUCUUAUAUGAUUACUUUUUGUUAGCUGGUUGGUUUUGGUUUUAUUUUUGCAAGAGUCCCCCGCUUUUUUUUCCUUCUCAUUUUCUGGGAAUAGGGGAGAGAAUGAAAGAUUCAGCUUAAAACUUGUGCUUUUUUCACAUAGCAAAUCAGUAUUGCAGGAAUCUGUUUGGUUUAUUUUAAUAUUUUCGAGUCUAGUUACAAACCAAACAGAACUUUUGAAAAUGAGCUAUAUUUUCUUCAAAAAUGAUUGAUUUGAUCAUAUAUUUAUUUGUUUAUAGGGCAACUUUGGUUUUCUUUUUUGUAAACUGCUUUGCUUGUUGUUAAUGUCUGUGAAAAAGAAAACUUGAGUUCGUUUUGUCCACUUUCCAGUUUCCCCUAAUGUUUACUUCAAAGAUCUCCUGUUCAUCAAAAAUAUAGUCAGAAAACUCUUUUUCUACUUAAUAGUCAGCAGGUAAAGAGAACUCUGACACAUGUCGCUGUCACUGUAAUUCUGUAGUGUUAUUAUUGUGAAAAAUUCAGCUCUACAAGCUAGCUGUGUUGUCACAGCAGUCUCAUAGUUUACAAUCAUUUCACUUUACACGCAGUCCUGUUUAGAGGCCCUGUGAGAAUUGUUGUAACAGUCCCAUCCAUGUCAGUAAUUCUCUGAUGCAGGAACGGAUGGAGCGUUUCUAAGUUGACAGUGCUGAGCGCUAUGUGCUGGGUGCCAUAAACUUUAUGAAUGGCAGCACUAGAGAAAUUGAAACCUGGUCCCCAAACUGCAUUGCAGCUUUCAGCAGUAUGUCUGAAGGUCUCUUUUGUUUGUUAACGAUCCUGUUCCGUAUAAAUCAUAUUCUUGAGUUUUUAAAAAGUAUACGAAGAGUUCCUAAUUAUUCAUUGAGUAUAGUCAGAAAAUUGUAGUGAAAGAACUAAUGGUUUUAUUUUUUAGAACAAAGGCAUCUAAGCUACUGCUAAUUGAAUUGUCGCUAGAAGUAGAAAUUAUAGUUUAGAGUAGGAUUGGUAUUUCUGUGAUUCUUGUUGCUUCUUGAUAUUUUCUCUUGUAUUUAUAUAUGUAGGAUUAGGCAUUUUCUUUCAUGUGGCUUUAUCCUCUCUUAAAGAGCUGUUUAAAAAUUCCUGAUUUAACGGACUGCUUCAGGAUCAGCUCACAGAGUCUUGUUUUUAGGGUAGAAACAAAAUAAAUCAUACUUGGUAAAAACAGCAAAAAAACAAAAAACAAAAAAACAACUGACUUUAGAAUGGAGAACACUAGAACUCAAAAUCAAAGUAUACUCAGAGUGAAAGCUUUGGAAUUUGCUCUAUGUUUGUAAAUCUAAAUAGAUAUGCAGAAUUGGUUAAUGUAUAUGUAAAGAUACUGCAUUUUUAAAAGAUUUUAAGUGCUGAUUUCUUUGUAUUUUAAUCUCUGCAUUCAGCAUUCAGUAAUACUACCAAUAAAUGCAUUUGUAGUCUCUUAAUCACAACCCAUUUCCUUAGUGUGUCAUUGUCUUUUAAUUUAGGGCACCGUCGAAUAGGUUGCAAUUGCAACCUUUGAAAAGUUUUUUUCAAACCUGAUGUAAUAGGUAUAUUCAGUUUCACAUAAGUUUGUCUUGUAAAGGCUCUGAAAGUAAUUUGGGUGAAUUGCUUGUGGAUUUAAAAGUGAUAAUAACUGGGGUGCCUGGGUGGCUCAGUAGGUCGAGCGUCCAACUCAUCGUUUUGGCUCAGGUCAUGAUCUCAGUUUGAGCCCCACAUUGGGCUCUGUGCUGGCAGCGCGAAGCCUGCUUGGGAUUCCCUCUCUCUCCCUCUCUCUGCCUCUCCCCUGCUUGCACUCUCUCUCUGUGGAAAUGAACAGAGAACAGAAAUGGAAUGGAACGUUUAAAAAAAAAUUUUAAGUGAUAACUACCAUGAUCAAGUACCUUUCUAUCACAUGUUACUUAACACGCCUCGUCUCGUGUCAUCUCUAAGCCCCCGACCCAAGCUACAUUUUCCUAUUUUGUAAAGUGAGGAGACUGACGCAGGGAGGGUUGUUACUUGUCCAGAGUCAGACAGAUGGACACAGUGGAACAGGCAUUCCAAGUUGAAGCUCUGUCUCCGAUUAUAAGUUUUUUUUCCUUCUGCCCUACUGUGUCAUGAACCUGACAGUGGAGUCGUCUAGAACCUUACCUGCUGCCAUCACAGCAGUAUGUUACUGAAUUUCCACCCACGUUCCUAAAUACUUAACUUUUCCUCAUCCUGUAAUGCACCAUUUCCCACACCCUCUCCGUAUUGCCAACCUUUAAAAUUGAAGUUCAGACUCUGGCAUGUUCAGAAAACCUUUCCUCAUUAACCUUCUUUGCUGUUAUUUCUCAUCAGUUACCUUACUCAAUAAACAUGGUUUUUUGUUU